AUGCUACCAACCCCGAGACUGAAAGAGUUAAUGGCCACUAGGAGGCUUCCCCAGAGGCCGAUGCCAAGGCUCAGAGGAGGGACUUGUGGCGAGUAUUGGGAGUUCAAGCAUGCCUUCCAAAGACACAUUGGGGAGGCGCCCAUACCCUAUGCACUAAAAUUUUUAACACUUCUCUCGGCCUUCACCGGCCGCGCUAAGAAAUCCCUGAGAGCGUGCCUGCAAAUAGAAGAUACUAGGGCAGGAUACAAACAAGCUCUAGCCUUGCUAGAAGAGCGCUAUGGCAACAAGCAAGCCUAUAACCAAGAAUUAAUAGGCAAGGUCCUACGUGGCCCAGCCGUGAGAACAGAUGACAUUAAAGGACUUCAGGUGCUCGCGGACGAUCUGGGAAAUUGCAGAUGCCAAACAUUCCUCAACAUGUCGACUGGAGCGCGAACUUCACUCGUAUGUGAAGAACGUCGCUGUUUCGCCUGCUUAGAUCGCACUCACCGGAUGGCCGAGUGCAUCCAGAAGACAAGGUGCGGCAUAGAUGGCUGCUAUAGCUUCCACUCGAAUCUCCUGCACUUCUCGAGAAAUUCUAUGCGCAAUAACAUGCCAAACCAGGAUGAACCAUCAAAAAAGGAACUCAGCCAGUUUUUCAAGGGAUGA